AACUUUUCCACUGGCUGAGUUUGGUCUCUCACUCACCUGGAGUCCGUGUAUGUUGUGUGGGCUGCCCACUCCAACUUUACACUGCCUCAGGUGUCACACAUCUGAUCACUUGCAGAAAGCGGAUUGAAAAUUAUAGCAGAAUCAUGUUGGUAUCAGUCUCAACUGUCAUCACUUUGCUGGGCCUCUGGACAUUGCAUCCUACUUAUGGACAGGACUGUUCAAGCAGACUGGAAUUACAAGGAUCCCUGAAGCAGAUCCAGAAGCUUCUCUCAGCUCAUGAAGCCUCCUACUUGCAGAAUCUACGCAACCUGAAGAAGAAAAUUAACCAGCUUCAGAGCAGCACAGGAAAACACUUGGCAAAAAACAUCAACAGUACCUGCCCAAAGCCGGAUGUACCUGUCAAUGGGAGGAAACUGGGCAAAUUGCACACCGUUGGCCAUGAAGUUCAUUUUUUAUGUGACCCCGGCUAUGAACUAGUGGGAUCAGAGAGCAGAGUCUGUCAGGAGAGUCUAAGCUGGUCUGGCCAGCAGGCGACCUGCAGAGAAAUCAACGAGUGUGCCUCCAUCCCAUGCCUGAACGGUGGAACGUGCUUGGAUGAAAUGAAUCAGUUUUCUUGCAUCUGUCCCAAAGGCUGGGCAGGAGAAACCUGCCAGAGCCGUGUCCCAACAUUCUUUGCCACCAUUGCAAACACCUCCGCCUCCAGUACUGCUGCUGCUGCUGCUACGCUGGCAGCAGACACAGCUGGGACUUUUGUGCGUCCAUCAAGCUGCAGCACCGUGCAGGGGACCACCCACUGCACUUGUGAGCCAGGCUACACCAUCUCCGGUAGAGACAGCACCACUUGCACCGACAUAGAUGAAUGUGAGCUGUUCCAUAAUGGACAGGCGGGGAGACUGUGCUUACACACGUGCGUUAACACCGCUGGAGGUUACCGCUGCUCCUGUCCUGCUGGAUAUAAUGUGACCCGUGAUGGGCGAAGCUGUAAAGACAUUGAUGAGUGUGCCACCAGACAGAACAACUGCACCAAGGACCAAACGUGCAUUAACACAUAUGGAGGAUUCCAAUGUGUUCGUGUAGAAUGUCCCAAAAUCGCUCACGCGUUUUACGUCAAAACGUCACCAAUGCGUUGUGAACGUAAUCCCUGCCCUGUGGAUAACAAGCUGUGCUCUCAAGCCCCAAAUUCUUUCUCCUACCAUUACCUGGCAGUCGUAUCCAACCUGUCAGCACCCCGUGUCAUGUUCCGAGUUUCAGCAUUGCGUCCGAUGGGUGAUACGCUUCGCUUCUCUCUGUUGGGAGGAAGGCAAGUUCGCCGCCACUUCACUGUCCAGCGUUCAGAUCGUCUGACAGGUCAGCUGAUGCUGAGCAGCCCAGUGCAAGGCCCUGCCACUCUGGAGGCUGAAGUGGAGAUGACUGAGUUGGAGAGACGAGUCCAAUUGGGGAGGUACAUCACCAAAGUCACGUUGUUUGUUUCCCAGUAUGAGUUCUAAAGCAAAAUAGAGAUGAUAUUAAUACCAGAUUAAAUUAAUACAAGAUUAAAAUGGUCAGAUAGCAACUUUGAGUCAGCUAAUGACUGUAUGAACAUAGUUAAAAUUGUCCGUAAAGCCACCUGUUGCAACUUUGCAAAUUGCUAUUAAAGAAAGCAUGAGCAAGCAAAUUGACUUUCAAGUGCACAAUACAUCUGCUUUUGCACUGCUGUUUGCAAAACAUUGCUGCAUUGAGAUAGGAAUGCAAAUGUCUGUUUUGGAAAUUUAACAUGACUUUUGUGAAACAUAUUCAUUGUGUAUUCCAUGAGCAUUAAAUAGAAAAAUUUCUUUUUCAAUGCCAACAGAAUUAUUUUACCUUAAAAGCUAGAUUUUUUUGAUGUUAUUGUCCAAUAAAAAGGUUUAACUGAUGAAAGCAUUUGUCCUUCACAUCUCUUACAAAUAUGUUCUAGAUGUGAUAUCACAAAAGCAAUGAGUUUAAUUGUAGUUGUCCUGAUGUGAACAGUUAACAUCUAUCUUGCUAUGUUGUAGUUCUUUUUUGUGCAGAAAUUAAAUAUUCUAUGUGUGGAAUU